AUAUUUAGACCGGAGAUGGAAGGAGUACAUGUUACCUUCCUGAAGGCGCUGUUUUGAAAAUUUGUGGUAGACUCUUGAAAGACUUCGAACGUAUCCUUCAUGAUCUUCGUUCAUUGAUGGUGGUGAAUUAUGAUGACAAAUGAGCAUAUGGGAUAUAUGUCAUAGUAUUUAAAAUUACGCAUCCUUCGAAAAGCUUCAGUGGUUUUACUAGGCAGCUUCAAUUAACCCUCUCAAUCUCUUGGUAUUGUAUUUCGUACUCCUCACUUCAUCUACAAAUAUACAACGCAAAAAUACACGAUAGAAAUGGCAGAUCCGAAACCAGCAGAAAUAAAUCCUUCCCAGGAAAAACAGAAAUCGGACACCUUUCCACCUCAGCAGCACAUCCACCAACGGGAUGAACCCUCUACCCAGAUCAAAACCGUACAAAAUGUCGCCCUGGCAGACGCGACAGCGAAACAAAAACCUAGUCUAUGGACAUGGCGCAUGGGUCAACUCUAUCUAAUUCUCCUUCUUGCAACACUUAAUGCUGCUGUUAAUGGCUAUGAUGGUAGUGUAAUGGGCUCGAUCAAUUCGUACGCGCAGUAUAGGAGUUAUUUUGGAUUUUCGCUCACAGAGGGAACGCCGGCUACGGGGAUUGUUUAUGCAAUUUUUACUAUUGGGAGUAAGGUUUAUCCUACGAUAGUGUUUCUUCUUUGGUUCUUUCCGGAAAUUUGAUUUGGAGAUUUGGAGGCCUUGACUGACUUCGUGUUUGUAGAUUUGGUGGGAGCGGGCUUUGCAGGUCCGGCUGCUGAUGUACGUUUUCGUCAGUUCAUCGCUCUUGUCGUUCUUCUCUGGAGAAUGCGAUAGGCUUUUUGAGGCUUCAAUUAUUGACAAAGAUACAGUGGAAAGGGAGACGAUGGGGUAUGUUCUUAGGUGCUGGUGUUAUUAUUGUGGGAUCGAUUGUCCAGGCUACGAGCCAGAGUUUGGCCGCUUUUAUGAUUGGAAGGUUUUUGCUUGGUAUGUACUCCCUAUGCAUCGUUGAGUCAAGCAGUGUAGAUGCGACGUGCUGAUCAAACAGGCGUUGGUGCUGCCAUGGGUCCUAGCUCGGCAUUACCUUAGUAAGUAAUCUCCAAAAGGGGGAAAGAAAGAAAAUGUUGAUCAUUUUCAGCGUAAGCGAAAUGGCACAUCCGUCAUUUCGUGGUGCUAUGACAGGUGUUUACACUACGUUCUAUUUCGUGGGUGCAAUACCUGGAACGUUCAGUUAGUCAUUCCUGUUUCUUUCUUAGAACGAGAUAGGUGUUAAAGAUGUAUAGUACCAUAUGGCACGAGCUACAUAUCUGGAUCGCAAGCUUGGAGAAUUCCUUUGUGGCUACAGAUGUCGUUUUCUGGUAUUGUGUUCAUUUCGGUUUUGUUCUUACCGGAGGUAUGUAAUUUGUUUGCUUUGAGCUUGAAGCCCGGAGACAAUGCAUGCGGAUGUUGAUGAGAUAUAGAGUCCGAGAUGGCUGAUUGCAAAUGAUCGACACGAGGAAGCUCUUGAUAUUAUGGCCAAAUACCACGGUGAAGGUAACUAACUAAUCAUUUCACAAAACCUUGAAAACGACAUUAACUUUUGAAUGUCCCAUAGGCAAUCGUAAUUCCCCCUUAGUGCAACUAGAACUUCGCGAAAUGAUGGAAGAGAUAUCGAAAACAGGUGCUGAUAAACGAUGGUGGGAUUUCAGAGAGUUGUUUGACUCAAGGGAAGUUAGAUAUCGAACUAUGUUGACUUGUGCUAUUGCUUUGUUUGGACAAUGGACUGGUAAUGGUAGGCUCGCUAUCUACUAUCCCGCUCUGAAUAUUUGGAAAGUGGAUGAUAAAGAAGGGGCUUGAUUACUGAUGCUUGAUCAGGUCCUGUUAGUUACUACUACCCGCAAAUGCUAGCGGGUGCAGGAAUCGAGAAUAACCAUACACAGUUACUCCUGGUAAGCAUCCAAUACAGUCAUCUAACCAAGAACCUCACCUAAGAAAAAACAGCAAGGAAUGCAAUCCGUGCUCUCCUUCGCCGGAGCGCUCAUAGGAGCAGCCUACACCGACCACUGGGGCCGACGCCCUCAACUCCUCAUCUCUACAUCCCUCAUCUCUCUCCUCUUCCUCAUAAUCCUAAUCCUCAACGCUCUCAACACCACAACAUCCCCUAGCACCCACACCAUAGUCGCCAAAUCAGCCGCUGCAUCCGGCGCCGAAAUCGCUAUGAUAUUCCUAUUCAGUUUCGUGUUUGCAGUGGGUUGGACACCCCUGCAGGGACUUUAUGCUGUGGAGGUAUUGAGAUAUGAAAGUAGAGCUAAGGGGAUGGCACUUUAUACUCUGGUGGGAAAUGUGGCGGGUUUUUAUAAUACUUUUGUAACUGGAAUUGCGUUUUCAAGGGCCGGGUGGAAGUAUUAUUAUUUGUGGGUUGUUUUUGUUUUUGUUUUUGGUUUGGGAGUUGGGAUAUGGGAUAUGGGAGUGAUGCUGAUCUAUUCGUGGUGUAGGUUUAUCUUUUGGGAUUUGUUGGAAGUGGCUUUUAUUUAUGUGAGUUUGUUUCUUACUUCUCCUUUCACCCUUCCCUUCCAGAUUUAUAAAUCAGAUGAAAACAGCUAACACCUCACAGUUCUUCUUCGUAGAAACAAAAGGAAGAACGGUAACGCCUCUCCUUUUCCUUCCCUAUAAAGCUAUGCACCCCAUCCGUUUCACCUAACCCAUCAUCCCCUAUAUCCCAUUCAUCCCAUCCACUCCAUCCACACAUCCACACGAAAUAAAAACUAACCCUAAAACCAAAGCUCGAAGAACUAACCGAAAUCUUCAACGCCGCGAAACCAGUCAAAUAUUCAUUGCGCAAAUCAGAAAUAUUAGUCCAUGGAAAUGAAGGCGUGACUGAGGUUUUUGAAAAGGAAAAGGAGAACUCGGGUUGAGUUGAUGCAUGCAUGCAUGCAUGGAAUUAGUGAUGUAUGGGGUCCCCGGUGAUCGAUAUGGGGUUAACGUUGUGGAUUGGAUUUUAGGUUAGAGUUUAUGGAGGGUUGGGAUGUGGUUAGUACUUAAAUAUUUGGGGAUAUAGUAUUUAAGUUCGAGAGUCGAUAUAUUGGACAGUUUUCU